AUGGAGAGUUAUGGAAUCGUCGCUCUAUUACUGAAAAAUAAUGAAGAGCCAUUUUUCUUGUGUGCUCUGGCCACUGGAGAUGGCGACACGGAAGACGACAUCACGGAAGGUGGCGACAUGGAGGUUGGCGACGUGGAGGUUGGCGUCACGGAGGGUGGCGACGUGGAGGUUGGCGUCACGGAGGGUGGCGACGUGGGGGUUGGCGUCAGUGGGGAAGUAAUCACUGGAGACGGUGUCAAAACAGGUAAAGCACCUAAAAAAACUGCCGGAAUUACCAAUGAAGCACUGGCAAAUUCUAAAAACUAUAUCAUCCGUUUGAUUAAAAACUUGAACUUCGCUUAUGAAAAUAUCACCAGUUUGACUGAACAUCUGAAAACCGCCAACGAAAAUAUCACCAGUUUGACUGAAAAUCUGAAAAACGCCAAUGAAAAUAUCACCAGUUUGACUGAAGAUCUGAAAAACGCCAAUGAAAAUAUCACCAGUUUGACUGAAGAUCUGAAAAACGCCAAUGAAAAUAUCACCAGUUGUACUGAAGAUCUCAACAACGCCAAUGAAAAUAUCACCAGUUGUACUGAAGAUCUCAACAACGCCAAUGAAAAUAUCACCAGUUUGACUGAAAAUCUGAAAAACGCCAAUGAAAAUAUCACCAGUUUCACUGAAGAGCUGAAAAACGCCAAUGAAAAUAUCACCAGUUUGACUGAAAAUCUGAAAAACGCCAAUGAAAAUAUCACCAGUUUGACUGAAGAUCUGAAAAACGCCAAUGAAAAUAUCACCAGUUUGACUGAAGAUCUGAAAAACGCUAAUGAAAAUAUCACCAGUUGUACUGAAGAUCUCAACAACACCAAUGAAAAUAUCACCAGUUUGAAUGAAGAGUUGAAAAACGCCAAUGAAAAUAUCACCAGUUUGACUGAAAAUCUUAACAACGCCAAUGAAAAUAUCACCAGUUUCACUGAAGAUCUGAAAAACGCCAAUGAAAAUAUCACCAGUUUGACUGAAAAUCUGAAAAACGCCAAUGAAAAUAUCACCAGUUUCACCGAAGAGCUGAAAAACGCCAAUGAAAAUAUCACCAGUUUGAUCGAAGAGCUGAAAAACGCCAAUGAAAAUAUCACCAGUUUGACUGAAGAUCUGAAAAACGCCAAUGAAAAUAUCACCAGUUUGACUGAAGAUCUGAAAAACGCCAAUGAAAAUAUCACCAGUUUGACUGAAGAUGUGAACAACGCCAAUGAAAAUAUCACCAGUUUGACUGACGAUUUGGACAACGCCAACGCAAAUAUCACCAGUUUGACUGAAGAUGUGAACAACGCCAAUGAAAAUAUCACCAGUUUGACUGAAGAUGUGAAAAACGCCAAUGAAAAUAUUAGCAGUUUGACUAUAGAUCUAAACAACGCCAAUGAAAAUAUCACCAGUUUGACUGAACAUCUGAACAACGCCAAUGAAAAUAUCACACGUCUGACUGGAAAUAUCAGCAGUUUGACUGAACAUCUGAACAACGCCAAUGAAAAUAUCACCAGUUUGACUGACGAUUUGGAAAACGCCAAUGCAAAUAUCACCAGUUUGACUGAAGAUGUGAACAACGCCAAUGAAAAUAUCACCAGUUUGACUGAAGAUGUGAAAAACGCCAAUGAAAAUAUUAGCAGUUUGACUAAAGAUUUGAAAAUUGCCAAUGAAAAUCUCACGCACUGUCUAAAAAAAUGGAGAGAUUAUGACGCAAUGUGCAUAGCGAAAGAACAAUUUAGACUAUAUAAAAAAGACUCUAACCGAAUGUGCCUUGCAUUGGUGGUGUCAGAAGAUGUAAUUGUUGAAGCACUGAAGGAUGUAUGCAAAAUGAUCGGAGCAAGAAUGGUUGUAUUGGACUCGUCUUGGAAGAAUGAUCUUUACCGAGAAGUAAUCAUCAACUACGCUACCGUUUCGGGUCACGGACCUCUGGAUGCAGUAAUUGGAGCGAAGUUCAACGAAACUUCAGGACGUCCAUAUUGGUUUGAUUCUGAUUCCCCGUUCGAGUACAACGAUCUGGUCAGUAAUGAUACAUCAGGAGGCAACAACACGUGUGUCGCAAUAACACACGCCACACAGUAUAGAUGGGGAUAUGUUCCAUGUUCCGGAUUUGCUGGCGUUGCCGCAUGCGAAAUUCCCCCAUAUACCUGAGGUGGGGGUGUUGUUGUUUGGGGGUUGGUUUUUUGGGGUCUUUAUAUUAAUUAAUUAUGUAUUUGUUUAAAAAAACAAAUUUUAAAUCUAGUUGCUAAAAUUUUGCAAUUACAGGUUCUUAUAUAUCUUCACAACUGUCUUAAAUCGACUGAUCCUUGUUUCCGAGACAUGUAACUUUUUGGCUUUACGUGUCUGUCUUAAGUCUUCAGUUUCAGUGAUUCUGUCUUUGUAAUUCCAGCCCAAAAAGCUAACAAAAUAAACUGUGUCUAGCCUA